CCAAAAUUGGUAGUAACAAAAAUGGGUUUAGGACCAGAUGUCUAAGGAACUCAACUAGCCGAUUAGAUUAAGCCAUGGCUUCAAAAACAUCAACUGUAGAAUCGAGUGAUUUGGAUGUUUCUCAGUUCCGUCGUACUCCUUUCUACUGUGUAAUUUUUAUGGAACUUUGGACUUGAGCCUAAACAACUGCAAGAAAUUACUUUAUUUGGCAGUUCUAAAAAUAUUUGAACUGCGAUGGAAUUGAAUUGAAUAGGUGAGGAGAAUGUUUAUUUUCUAUGCAAGAAAUUAUGUACAAACAGAUUGGCUGAUGCAGGGGGAGCUGAUCUUUUUGUUGUUUUCAUUUCUAAUGAGAAGAAGCAGGCACAUUCCCCUUUGGCAUCAGAAAGCCAGCAAAAGAGCAGAUGGUCUUGUUUUGUGGGAUUACCAUGUCAUUUGCAUUCAGAGAAAGAUAGAAGGUGAAUUUCCUUUUUUAGUGUGGGAUUUAGACUCAGCUCUUCCUUUACCUCUCCCUCUGGGUAGCUAUGUGUCACAAGCUAUCAGGCCGUCAUUUCAAAUCUCCCCUGAGUAUCAAAGGCUUUUCAGAAUCAUUCAUGCUCCAAUACUUUUUCGUCACUUUGCAUCUGAUAGAAGGCACAUGAAAGAUUCCAAUGGAAAUUGGAUGGCUAAACCUCCUGACUAUGAAGCCAUUGUUGCCGAAGACGGAACUAUGCACAACCUAUAUGAGUAUAUAGAAAUCAAGACAGACGAUGUUUAUUCGAACAAGACCAUUGAUGUGAAAGAUGCAGUUUUUUCUCGAAAACUUGGAGCGGUUGCAAAUGAUUUAGAGGAGUUUUUCACUCAAAUUCUUUAAAUAGGAUCGAGAAAAUUCUGUUCUUGUUGUACAUGCCAAUGCUUACCGAAGAGCUACUUGAUCGGGAGCCUGUUUGGAAGUGAUUUUAAAUAGAUAAAACGUUUUGUCAUGGUUUAAAUUCAUUUUGGAAGAAGUUAAAUUAACUUUGUUGGUAUAGUUAAAAAAUCUUUUUUACAAAAUCAAUUAUACAUCUCUUCUUCUAAAA